AUGAUGUACUCGGCGUUUCUUGGCAAAUGGUACGGCAUUGCUAGGACAGAUAACGAACUACAAAAUGGCGACUGUGCAACCUUAGAGUUGAAUCGUGAAAAUAAUGUUAUCAACGUAACUAACGAGGCCGUUAAUAAUAACUUCUAUCAGUUAAUCACCGGCACAGCGACGCAUGAAGAAGGAACCGCCAAACUCAUGCUUAAUGUGUCUGAAGCACAAACAACACUCGACUUCUGGAUCCUGUUAACGGAUUACGAUAAUUUCGCCGUCGCCUACUCCUGUGAAAAUCGAGGCGGUGUACAAAGAGCAGUGUACCUAUGGCAGUUGGGAAGAGCAACGACGUAUCCCACAGAGAUGAUGGAAGCACUCGUGAACACAACUAUGAACUCACUGCUCGGUAUAAAUUCGUCUGAUUUGAGAAGGAUUGAGCAUUCCGACAACGCCUGUUAUAUACUACCAGAAAUAGGUGAAAAUGAGUCUGUCAUUCUCUCUGGACAGUGUAACCCAAAUAUGACAGUAGUUACCAACUUUAAUGCAGAGAGGUUUCAAGGAGUAUGGCAUGAAAUCGCAAGGUACUAUACUACCAAUCAAGCGGGUACCUGUAACAGAGCUCAGUACACAUUAGUAAAUGGAGAGGUAACUGUGCUUAAUAGCCAAGUUGUCAACCAAACAUUGGAAACGAUUAGCGGGAAAGCUGUUGUCACAAGUACGGACGGCUCUGCAAGACUGACCGUUACUUUAGAAGUCGCACCAAAUGUUUUCUCAGAUUCCGAACUUUGGAUAUUGGGAACUGAUUACGAUAACUAUGCUAUAUCAUAUACCUGCGUAAAUCUCGCUGACAAUCAAAGACAAGUAUACAGUUGGAUACUCAGUAGAUCUAGACAGCUAUCAGCUACUUCACAAGUUGCUGUCAAUGAAUUAAUUAACUCUGAAAUCGACUUAAAUGAACGCUUCUACACGGAAACUAAUCAAACGGACGAAGCAUGUUUCUUCUUCCCCGAUCCAGCGCCGGAUCAACCAGUGGUCUUCCGUAGUCGAUGUGACAUGACCAUACCCGCUAUGCCUGCCUUUGAUCCUGAAAGAUAUAUGGGUCUGUGGCAUGACAUAGAGUCUUAUCCAUCAAUAUUUCAACAAGGCACCUGUAACAAUGCUUUCUAUACACUGACUGAUGGUCCAGUUCUUGUUUAUAAUACCCAAGUAAUAAACCAAAGUUUGGACACUAUCAACGGAGUAGCAGUUCCAGUAUCCACCGACGGAAGUGCCAAACUCGAAGUCACAUUUCCCAUUGCCGGCACUGAUCUUAACGUAACAACUGACUACUGGGUUUUGGAUACCGACUACGUCAGUUACUCGUUUGUGUAUACCUGUAUAAACAUUAAUGAAGAGGACAGUCAAGUGUAUGGCUGGAAACUUAGUAGAACAAAGCAAAUGCCAGCUGCUGGCAACACAGCCAUCAACGCGAUUAUGAACACUAUACCAGUCCUAGAUCAAAGAUACUUCGUUACAACGGAUCAAAGCACAGAAGGCUGUUUUUAUUACCCUGAACCACAACCAGGCGUGCCGGUUGUUUUCCCUGGAGAGUGUGACGAAAACAUAGAAGUUGUUGCAAAUUUCACCUUGGAACAGUUCCAAGGGAUAUGGUAUGAAAUCCAAGCGUAUCCUAAAGAACAAGAAACGGGACAAUGCAUCUCCCACAAUUACACAUCUGGAGCAGGCAAUACAUUAAACUUGACAUCUUCUAGUAUCACCGACCAAUUCCUUGGGAUCACCAAUGGCGUUUUGUCUUUCAAUUCUACAGAUACUAGCGCAAAAAUGUAUAUAACAAUAACAUCUAGCAAUGGAGAGAUAACAAUACCAUUCUGGAUUCUAAGCACGGACUACAACAAUUACGCCUUAGCAUACAGUUGUAUCAACCAAGGAUCUGAUUUUAGAAAGGUACCAUUACAACUUACAACUACCCGCAUUUUAUUAGUUUUCAGCUGGAAACUGAGCAGAACGAAACAAUUGUCAUCAGCAGCGAAUACGACUAUCAACAAUAUAAUUAAUAACACCGUAGUACUUCGCGACGAGUAUUAUGAAGACAUCGAUCAAUCGGAUCGCGCUUGCUUCUACUUACCGGACCUAGCACCUGGAGAACCAGUUAUUUUGGAAGGACAAUGCAAUCUUGCUAUUCCAGUUGUUCAAAACUUUAACUUAACAAGGUAUGCAGGCCGAUGGCGUCUUAUAGAAAGUUAUCCUCUGGAAUCUCAAACAGGAACUUGCAAUGAUGCUACGUUCAGUUUGAAUAAUAAUGUCGUUGAAGUCUUUAACACGCAAGUGAUCAAUCAAGAACUGGAUACAUUAAAUGGAACCGCUAUUGUAACAUCCACUGACGGAAGUGGGAAAUUACAAGUAAUUUUCCCAGAAAUUUUAAGCUGGAAGCUUAGUCGUUCUAGAGACUUGUCACCAACCGCUAUAAACAACAUCAACGAAGUCAUUAACAAUGUCGAUGUCCUCAACAACCGCUUUUACGAAAUCAUUGAUCAAUCCGAUGACGGCUGCUUCUAUUAUCCAGAGUCAGAUGGCAACAUUGUCACAUUCAGAGGACAGUGUGAUACGGACAUAAGUGUUGUAACUGGUUUUGAUGUACAACAGUACAUGAAUUUGUGGCAUGACAUAGAAUCUUAUCCAAAUCCAUUCCAAGAAGGAACAUGCUCCAAUGCAUUCUACGAAAUCGUAGGCGACGGGGUUGAUGUGUAUAAUACGCAAGUAAUAAACGAAAGACUAGAUACCAUUAGAGGAAGUGCCACUUUACAGGAAUCAAAUGACGCAAGUGCAAAACUUACUGUUACCUUCCCAGUUGCUGGAACUAAUCUAACCAUAUCGACCGACUAUUGGGUGCUAGCAACGGAUUAUACUUCAUAUGCUUUGGUAUACAGUUGUAGAAAUAUUGAUGAUGAGCACAGACAAGUGUACAGCUGGAAACUAAGCAGAACCAAGGAACUGACGCAACAGGCCGUAACUGCCAUUGACUCGAUUGUCAAUAACAUAACCGUUUUGGAUCAACGCUACUUUAAAACACAGGAUCAAAGUACCACAGGUUGCUUUUACUACCCUGAACCUGCGCCUAAUGUUCCGGUCGUAUUUCCUGGUCUAUGUGACGAUUCAAUUCAAGCGGUUUCAAACUUUAGCUUGAAUCAGUUCCAAGGCACAUGGUACGAAAUUCAAGCGUAUCCGAAAGACCAGCAAUCAGGUCAAUGCGUUUAUCAUCAAUAUUCGAACAGUUCUAACGCACUCAAUCUGCAAACGUUCAAUGUCCUCAAUGACACGUUGAGAAUUUCCGAUAGCGUAGUGACUAUCAACUCUACAGAUUCCAGUGGAAGAUUAUUGAUCACAUUUACCCAGGACAAUCAACAAAUCGAAAUUCCUUUCUGGAUCUUAAGUACAGAUUACAAUGACUACGCUUUAGCAUACAGUUGUGUAAAUCGUGGAUCGGAUUUUAGAGCAGUUUACAGUUGGAAACUCAGUAGAACAAAACAGCUCUCCGCAGCCGCUAAUACGACUAUCAACAAUGUUAUUCAAAACAUCACAGUAUUGGACGAUAUGUACUAUGAAAAUAUUGAUCAAUCAGAAGAGGCUUGUUUCUAUUUACCUGAUAUUCCGACCGGUGAACCAGUUGUGUUUAUCGGAAAUUGCGAUCCUAAUAUUAGCGUCGUGCAAAAUUUUGAUCCAGUCAGGUACAUGGGCAGAUGGAGAAUGAUCGAAAGCUACCCAUCAGAUUUUCAAUCCGGAGCAUGCAAUGAAGCUAACUACAGACUGCUAGCUGAUCUAACUGUAGAAGUCUACAAUACUCAAGUAGUCGAUCAAGAUUUAGAAACUAUAAAUGGCUCUGCAAUAUUGGCUACGACUGAUGGAAGUGCGAAGUUACUGGUCACGUUCCCUGGAGCAUCGCAACCAUCCGAUUACUGGAUCUUAGAUACUGAUUAUGAUAAUUAUGCCUUAGUGUACAGUUGCCAAAACAUAAAUGACCAACAGCGAAGAGUAUGGAGCUGGAAGCUAAGUCGAGCGAGACAGUUAUCUGACAAUGCAACAAACAACAUUAACCAAGUCGUCAAUGGGAUAAACGUUUUGAAUAGUCGCUAUUAUGUUAACAUUGACCAUUCCGAUGACGCUUGCUUCUAUUUCCCCAACGCAACAGCUAACACACCUGUUGUAUUCCGCGGCCAAUGUGACCUCAAUAUUCCUGUAGUAACGAAUUUCUCACUAUCUCAGUAUUUAGGCUUAUGGCACGACAUCGAAUCAUAUCCAAAUGUAUUCCAAUUUGGUACCUGUAGCAAUGCUUACUACACUUUGAACGGCACUGUAGUCGAUGUGUACAACACACAAGUAGUAAACCAAAGCUUGGCUACUAUUGAUGGAGUUGCUACUCUCGUAAGUGAUCCCGAGAACAGUGCCAAGAUUGUUGUCACCUUCCCAAUCGCCGGAACGAACCUUACUACAUCAACAGACUAUUGGGUACUUAGCACGGAUUAUACAUCUUACGCGCUUGUUUAUUCGUGUAGAAACCUGGAUGACGAAACAAGACAAGUUGGCAGCUGGAAACUUAGUAGAACGAAACAGCUAACAGCUGCAGCAGUUACGGCUAUAAACAAUGUUACAAUGACAAUUCCAAUAUUGGAUGACCGUUAUUAUCAACCAGUGGAUCAAAGUGCUGAAGGUUGCUUUUACUUCCCUGAACCCCGACCAGGAGAACUUGUUCUUUUUCCCGGACAAUGUGAAGACAGUAUUGAAGCAGUUCCCAACUUUAAUAUGAGCCAGUUUCAAGGAACGUGGCACGAAAUUCAAGCUUAUCCUAAAGAUCAGCAAACCGGUCAAUGUGUUAAUCACCAAUAUACCCUUUCCGCUAAUGAUACUUUAAAUCUACAAUCUUUCAAUGUGCUUGAUGAGACUUUAAGAAUUUCCAACGGUACUGUUCGUAUAACCUCUACUGAUUCUAGUGGAAAAUUACUAAUAACAUUGGGAGAAGGGGCAAACGCAACUGAAAUUCCAUUUUGGAUACUAAGCACAGAUUACAAUAACUACGCUUUGGCGUACAGCUGUGUCAAUCGUGACCAAGAUUUCAGAGCUAUCUACAGCUGGAAGCUCAGUAGAACAAAACAACUAUCAGCAGCCGCUAACACGGAAAUCAAUAAUGCCAUUGCUAAUAUUACUGUGUUAGACAAUAUGUACUAUGAAAACAUUGACCAGUCUGACAAUGCAUGCUUUUAUCUACCCGAUAUAUCUCCCGGUGAACCAAUUGAUUUACCUGGACAGUGCGACCUCAACAUCACAGUAGUGCAAAACUUUAACCUAACCAGAUUUGCUGGUCGUUGGCGUCAAAUCGAAAGUUAUCCAUCAAACUUCGAAUCAGGAUCAUGUAACCAAGUUACUAAUACAAUACAGACCAACGGAACAAUUGAAGUAGUCAAUACCGAAGUUAUAAACCAAACACUAUCUACAAUAACUGGAUCAGCUACUCUAGCAACAACUGACAAUUCAGGAAAAUUGCUGAUUACAGUCCCCGGUGAACCUGAACAAAUGGAAUAUUGGAUUUUAGACACCGACUAUGACACAUAUGCUUUCGCUUACAGCUGCCGCAAUAUAAACAAUGAAACACGGAGAGUUUGGAGCUGGAAACUAAGUCGUACAAGACAGUUGUCCGAUAUAGCCGUGACGAAUAUAAACCUCAUUAUGAGUAAUACUAACGUCCUUAAUCAACGUUAUUACCGAAAUGUUGACCACUCCGACGACGGCUGCUUCUACUACCCCACGGCGGUACCGGGCACUUCUGUUGUGUUCCCAGGUCUAUGUGACGAAAGCAUUCCGGUCGUUAUGAACUUUAACGCCACUGAGUACAUGGGAGUAUGGUACGACAUCGAAAGCUAUCCACAAGAAUUCCAAAUUGGUACCUGCGCUACUGCCACUUAUACCCUCACCCAGACUGGUGUGGAGGUAUUGAACACGCAAGUGGUCGACCAACAGUUGGAUACGAUCACGGCCACUGCCGUCCCUGCUUCUAAUGAUGGCUCUGCCAAACUCACUGUCACUUUCCCAAUCGCCGGCACUAACGCCACCAUCAGCAGUCCUUACUGGAUUUUGGCCACUGAUUAUUCCAGCUACGCUUUGGUUUACUCCUGCUCUAAUAUCAACGAUGAAUAUCGUAGAGUAACAAGCUGGAAACUCAGUAGACAACGUAGCCUGACCGAGGCAGCAAAUCAGACCAUCAACAACGUCAUGUCUACCAUCCCAGUACUCCGCCAGCAAUAUUACAAUGAACGCGGGCACACGGAAGAUGACUGUUUCUACUAUCCCGAUAACAAUGGCGGCCCUGUCAUUCUUGACGGUGUUUGUGAAGAGCAAGCGGCUGUAACUGGCUUUGAUACCAGUGCUUUUGCAGGCACAUGGUAUGAAGCUGCCCGAUUCCCAUCAGAACUACAAGCCGGGCAAUGUGCUGCCAAUCAAUUUACAAUCCGCGGACAAAAUGAUUACGAUAUUUCACAUACUGUUGUAAGCAACGAAAGACUGACCACUCUUACUGGAACCGCAACAGUCUCCGCUGAUGGUAGAGGUAUUCUAAAUGCCACACUGAGCAACGGAGCUGGAGUUUCUGUUGAUGCAACUGUGUACAUCCUGGCCACCGAUUACACAAACUACGCAUUGAUGUUCAGCUGUCGAAACAUUGACAAUCAAACGAAGCAAAUAUAUAGUUGGAAACUAAGUCGAUCACAGACAGGACUUUCGGAAUCGGCUAACAACGCUACUAAUGAAGUCGUUACAAAUACAAAGGAUCUCUUUGAGGGCUACUACGACAAUAGCGAUCAAAGCAGUAGCGCUUGCUUUUACUAUCCAGUAUUUGAUUCGCUUCCAUCGAUGAUUACGUUGCCUGGAGAAUGUGAUGAGACUAUUCGUGCUAAAGCUAACUUCAACGCGUCUGCUUAUUUGGGAAGAUGGAUCGAAAUAGCUCGAUAUCCUCAACUAUAUCAGAUAGGAGAAUGUAGUCGAGCGCAAUACAAUCUCGUCAACGGUACUGUUGAAGUUGUUAAUACAGAAGUUAUCAACAGCACCUUGGAUACAAUGAUCGGAUCAGCCUUUGUUGCUUCAAAUGAUGGAAGUGGAAUAUUAAAUGUAACAUUUGUAUUAGAGAAUGGAGUCGUUAAUGUGGCCAACUAUUACAUUCUCGAAACCGACUACGAUAACUUUGCCUUGGUGUAUAGUUGCCGAAAUCUCCCCGAUGGAAAUAGACAAGUAAGCAGCUGGAAACUUAGCAGAACUCAGACCCUCAGCAAUGAGGCAAAUAACGUAAUGAACAACAUCAUAAGUAAUACACAAGGUCUACUAGAAGAAUAUUACAUAACCAGUGAUCAAUCUGACGAAGCCUGCUUCUACAUACCUGAAGUUAUCCCUGAUCAAGCACCAGUAUUUACAGGACAAUGUGAAAAUAUUACAGGUGUUCAAGGAUUCGAUAUUCAAAGGUAUUUGGGUUGGUGGCACGAGAUUGAACGUUAUCCAUCAGAUGAAAAUCUUGGUGAAUGCAUCAGCUCCGAGUUCCGUGUAUCUAAUAACCAGUACCAGGUCAUCGACACCAAUAUCUUCGACGUAACGGCCCAAGUCAACACAAGUACACUCACUGUGACCAACAACGGCAGAUUAAGAAAGACUUUGAGCAACGGUCGCGUUAUCGAUAUCUGGGUACUCGCAACUGACUAUGAAACUUACUCUCUUCUGUAUUCGUGCGAAAAUAUCAACGAAGAAUACAGACGUGUAUGGAGUGCCAAACACAGCAAGUCUCGUCAACUGUCACAGGCAGCUCAGAACGCCAUGGCUCCUGUCAUCACAAGCAACAGCGUCCUUUAUCCUCAGUUCUAUCAAACGGUAGACCAGAGUGAUAGCGCCUGCUUCCACUACCCAGAGCAGACUGGUCGACAGAUAAUUCUACCUGGUCAGUGCGACAUGGACAUACCCGUCGUGCAAAACUUCGAUGCCACCCAAUAUACUGGUACGUGGUACCAAAUUGAGCGAUACCCGCAAUUCCACGAGACUGGUUCCUGCACUGGAGCCCGCUACACCUUAGAUGAAGCCACGGGUGUUGUUACUCUCCUCAACUGGGAGGUUAUAGACGAUAAACUUGAUACCAUCGAGGGCAAUGCUACAAUCGACUCAAUUGAUGGCAGUGCGAAGCUACUUGUGACCUUGCCCGAUAGGUUAAGUGACGAUCCCGAAGCAACGGUCACCACCAGACUGUACGUACUGACGACUGACUACGUAUCGUACUCUUUAGCGUACAGCUGCGUUAACAUAAAUCAGUUCCAAAGAUCUGUCGGAGUAUGGAAGCUCAGUCGCACAAGGACCAUGCCAGAAGCAGGAAAUACUGCCAUCAACACCUACAUGGGGAUGAGGGAGGAACUGCACCAACCCUAUUUUAUACAAGUUGAACAGAACGAUGAAUGUGAGGAGCCGAGCUCAGCGAUUUUGUUCAAAAGCAGUAUUAUCGUAAUGCUUAUGUGUAUAGCUGUACAAAUUUUCAUUUACUAA